AUGAAUAAGUUUGAAUAUUUAUCAAUCAGAUAUGAUGGUGAUGAUAAGUUGGAAGUACUGGAUCAGAGGAAGUUACCUGAUGUAGAGGAGUGGAUGUUGUCAAAUAGCCCUUCAGACAUGGUAUCAUAUAUUAAACAGUUGUCAGUUAGAGGUGCUCCAUUAAUAGGUGUAGCGGCAUCAGUUGCUCUAUAUCUUCAUGUCAAGAAAGGAGGCGAGAUGACACGCGAACAUAUUAUAGAGACAAGUCAACAACUUAGACAAGCAAGACCAACUGCAGUCAAUCUAAUGAACAACUUGGAUGAGAUGAUGCAGUUGUCAUUGCCAGAGGCUGAGCGUGACUACUCGGUGAAGAGGUUGGCAAGCAUUGCAGAGUCGAUCAUUCAACGCGAGGUCGACAUGUGUCUGAAGAUGUCUCAGUUGGGCGCACAGCUCAUCAAUGACGGCGACAACAUUCUGACACAUUGUAAUACUGGUGCGAUUGCCACUCCGGGCAUGGGCACAGCAUUGGGCAUCAUCCGUGAGGCACAUCGUCAGGGCAAGCGUAUUCACGUUUAUGUCGAUGAGACACGCCCUCUGUUGCAGGGUGGCCGACUAACCACAUACGAGCUGGCGCGCGAGAAGAUACCCUACACGCUGAUCUGUGACAACAUGGCCGCGACAUUGAUGGCAGCUGGCAAGAUUCAACGAGUGUUUGUUGGUGCCGAUCGCAUCGCCCGCAACGGAGACUUUGCCAACAAGAUCGGCACAUACUCUGUGGCCGUCAUUGCCAAGUAUCACAAUGUUCCCUUCCACGGCGUGGCCCCAUGGACCACAGUGGACCUCAGCUGUCUGAGUGGCAAGGACAUCCCAAUCGAAGAGCGUGCAGCUGCAGAGGUGCAGGGCGCCUCUGGUGCCUUUGGCAAUGUGCGCUGGGCGCCUGCCGCCUCGCAGACCUUCAACCCAGCGUUCGAUGUGACGCCCGUCGACCUUGUCACCAGCCACAUCCUGGACACUGGCAUCUACACACAGGAGCAGCUCAAGGACAAUGUUCUUAUGAACUUUAGC